AUGAACCUUCAUCCAGAGUCGGCCGUUGCCGAUGAGACGGCCUGGGGUAACGUUGACGAGGGGACCCAGGAUCCGGAAGAAGUCAGAGUCAUUUUCUCUGCCCUGGACUCUUUCCGCCAGUACGCCAAAGUCACACAUUUCAACGUCACCCACAUCCGGCGACAGUCGUUCUAUGCCCUGCCGCAAGCCCAUUGGAAGCUCCUUGCGGAACCGCCCUUUAGCUAUCUUGAGACGCUGGAAAGGGCCGACAACGCCAUCGACUCCAAUGCCGAGCUAGGCCGCGCCAUUCUGAACUCCGGCCUCCGCGCCUUUAGUUCCAUAGCCCCGGCAUCCGGCGAGCCAGAACCCGCCAUGCCGCAAGAGUGGCAGGGUGUCGCCAAGUACUCCGACAUUGACAAGGCCAGAAGCACCAUCCGGCAGUUCUUCCGUGACUGGUCGGCCGAGGGAGAGGCGGAGAGGGAUGCGUGCUACGGGCCUGUCGUAUCCUUUAUGGAGCGAGAGAGGGAAAAGCGGCCGCAGAGCGAUCGCCUAAAGGUUUUGGUCCCAGGCUUCGCGACGGAGGGAAACGAGAUAUCCUAUCACCAGCUCCUGGCGUCGUCGUACAUUCUCAACGACUGCGCCGGUGCUGAGUCCCACACCAUCUACCCCUGGGUACACUCCUUCUCCAACCACCUCUCGCGGGAGAACCACCUUUGCGGAUACAAGGUGCCGGACAUCCAUCCCGCCACCGUCCUCGCCAACACCCCUGCAGCCGGCUCCAUGUCCAUGAGCGCGUCCGACUUUCUGUGCCUGUACGCCGACGACGAGCACGAGGAGGCCUACGACGCCGUUGCCAGCGUUUUCUUCCUCGACACGGCGCCCAACCUGAUCCGGUACCUUGAGGCCAUCUGGCACUGUCUCCGGCCAGGCGGCGUCCUCAUAAACGUCGGGCCGCUGCUGUGGCACUUUGAAAACCUUCCGCCCGGCAACCACGGCCUCGACGACGACGGCGACGGCCAGCAUGACCCGAAAAACUCGUCGGGCAUCGCCGAUCCGGGCAGCUUUGAGCUGUGCGAGGACGAGACCAUAGCGCUGGUGGAAACGCUUGGGUUCAAGAUCGAGUCGCACGAGACGGGCCACGAGGCGCCGUAUAUCCGAGACGAUAAGAGCAUGCUCCACACGGUGUACCGCGCGAACAUUUGGUUGGCGCGCAAGGUCGAAAAACCCAAGGAGGAAGCCAGGAAGAAGACUACGGAUAAAUCUUCGCAGACGGCCGCGGAGGAAACACCAUGA